AUGGAUAGCUCCAGCCACCUGUGGCUGGUAUUUUCAUCUCCAAGCUCCAGGUUCCAGGUUCGGGUUCUCCUUCCUUGCCAAGUACACGUAGAUGUCAGCUUGGUGCAUGAAUUGAACUUGGUACGAACAGUCGGUACAUCGGUACGACGUAGCACGAGGUACCUCUUGACCCGCCAGUUUCCGUCACAAGACCUGAAGCUCCUGGCCUUGGCAUACGAAGUCAGGCAUUCGAGGCAAGGGCCGCCUGUUCAACCCACGAGCAAUGGCCGUCCAGACUUUGUCUUUGAGUUCGUCAAAGCGGUAAUUGAGGCCAGGCACACAGUGUGGGGCUACGCAUUCAACGCUCCUCGUUUUAGUUGGCUUGGUCUAUCGGGGUCCUUCUUGACUGGUUGGCCGGCUGUCUGGACUCCCGCUGGCCCGCUGACAGCAUCCAAGUUUACCGAGAAGGUACGAAGGGGAAUGCUCCUGACUGGCUGGAAGGCGGCAACAACCGGCAAGGGGGGGAGGAGGAGCUAA